AUGCGUCUUAAUGUAGCGCUGGACGCAAGGCUAGCAAUGGACAAAUUUGAUGACGGACAAUGGAAGAAACUAAGGGACUGCAGUGACUACUGGAGUGAAUACAGACACUGCAAGAGCUUUAGGAAUCGUUUCCAUCACUACUACACUUAUGGUACCUCUCCACACUGCCAGCAGUGGAAAGAGGACUACUACAACUGUAAAGCGUUUGAGAAGAACGCAAGCACGGAUGCAAAGGAAGCAUUGCAGAAAAGUGAAAGGGACCGAAUAGCAGAGCAGAGGAAGUUUCCCCCAGUCUGGGAGCUGAGACGAGACCCACCCAGUGACUGGCACCUGCCUCUCAACCAUGAAAAACCUCAGGAAUCUUGA